GUUCGGAGCUUUCGAGAGGGGAAGCUCCAGUGCAAGAAUCUGAAACACAGACAGACGGUUAAACUUACAGACCUUCCUUCAGGUCGUCCAUCAGCAUCGAUUCAUGCCCAGCUGAAACACUUCGAACUGCGCACCAUGGAGUCUCUGCAGGCAAUGUCACAACCACACGGGUUCCUGCUUUCACACCCACCAUGCGAGCGCAGGGCACCUGCUGGUGGACAAUGCAGCAGCUUAGUCCAGUCCUUGCUGCAUCAAAACUUGCCCGGUCUCCUACGUACUUCAAGGUCCUACAUGCAUUACAGUCCUCUGGCCCAUCCUAUGAAGCUUCCACAUCACAGGAAGCAAGCGAGCCUGAUGCCCCCCAGGGCUGUAGUAGAGAGCAAUGUUGAAACAUCCCGGUCAGUAGAAGAUGCGCGGGAAUCUUUGCUUGAUGCCAUAUCGGGGGUGGGAGGCAGGGGCAGAGUUGCGUCAGAUCUACAGAAGAAAGUCAUAGACGACUGUGUUCGGGUGCUUGAGGAAGAUGGCGGCCUUCAGAAUCCCACGGAGGCAGAAUCACUAGAAGGGCGCUGGCAACUGGUAUACACGACACGACCGGGGACUGCGUCGCCAAUUCAACGGAGCUUCGUUGGGGUUGAUGCAUUCACAGUGUUUCAGGAAAUCGUUCUGAGAAACACCGACGAUCCACGCGUGACCAACACCGUGAACUUUGGCAAGAAGAUUGGCGAGCUGCGGGUGGAGGCGGUUGCUUCGAUCGCCACUGGAGUCCGUAUCAACUUCCGCUUCGACCGAGCCGCCUUCCAUUUCCAAUUCCUGCCGUUCAAAGUCCCGUACCCCGUCCCGUUCAAGCUGCUCGAUGACGAAGCCAAGGGCUGGCUUGAUACCGUAUACUUGUCUCCGGAGGGCAACCUGCGCAUCUCGAAAGGGAAUAAGGGAACGACUUUCGUGCUGCAACGCAACCCGGGGCCCCGACAGAAGCUGCUCUUGGCAGUCAAGUCGAAACGGGACGUAGAGCAGGCAAUCGAGGAGUUGAAACCGCUCAAUCCUAACAUCGCCCCUGCCAAAUCUGAGGCGCUGUCGGGAAAGUGGCGCCUUGUCUGGACAUCACAGGCCCGGAAUGCGAACCCUUUGCAGAAGUUGUCGGCUGGAUUCGCGAGCAAUUGGCAGAUUAUCGACGGCGAUACGGGCACCCUCGAGAACCUCGUGACGGCAGUGUUUGGGUUUGUCAAGCUGCGGGCGAACGCGGAUACCGAAACCACGUCACCCGUGAGGACGAACGUCUUCAUCAGAAAAGCGGCCGUGGAGGUUGGGCCGGUCAAGAUUCCGUUGAACCUCAACGGGCGGGGCUUUGUUGAGCAACUGUAUUUGGAUGACAAGCUGCGCAUCAGCCGCGGCAGCAAAGGGAGCACUUUCAUCCACGUACGGGACGACUAGUUUUGACACGUGUUGCAGAUUACCUGCGCGCGUUGGUUGUGACGGGUGCGUUCUUGUAUAUACAAACAAACGUCUUGCGUGCAAUGAUGGACCAAUAAUUUGAAUCGAACAUGGAUUUGUCUGACUCCUCAGCGCUUCUUUUUAAAUAGAACUCGUAAGCAGCCGAGACCGGUAUGUGUCGGUAUCCUGGAGCCUGCACGCUCUUCAUAAGGUUUCUGGCCCGGAGUAC